AUGAAAUUUUCUGCAAUCACUUUGGCCGUCUUCGCUGUUUCUGGUUUUCAGAAUGGAUUGUUUGGUCCGACUUGUGCCUUUCAACAGCACGCUUCCAUAGUCUCAAAACCUCGUCCAAAAAAAAGCAUGGCAACAAGGGAAAGCGAUCUUGCAGCUCACUCUCAUCACAGUCAGGAAGGGGCUCCGGUAUGUUUCAUCAAUAACGAAGAACCACUGAUUCCUCUUUCGAAUAUUGGGAAGAAUAACGACUUCGGUCGUCACCUACGACAAAUGGGAGCUGGAGUUGUUGCUGCCACGGCAGUCUCCUUUGCUGCUGUCACUUCGGAUUCAAGCCAGCUGUCGUCCACUGUUGCCAAUGCCGCCGAAUUGAAUCUUUCUAAAGGUGCCAUAGUCAUACAAUUGACAGCACCGACAACAACCAAAGAAUCCGAUGGAGAAUCGACCCAAAGCACCGCAAAGGGCCAAUUCAAAAAGUUUGAUGCUUCUCAAGAACAAAAACUGCUACAAACACUACUCAAGAAUCGCAAGGAAUUGGGUGCAUCGAUCGGGCGUAUCCAGCAGAGCAUUCAAAAUGAACUGCAGCUGAAAGAUUCCACUACAGCAGGCCCAACUGCAGCUCCAAUUUGGACCGAAAUCUACCAAGAGCUCUUGUCUAUUGAAGGUGACGUGGUGCCAAAAGUUCAAAUUACACCCCCUGUGGACCUAGCAGCAACCGUGAGGGAUUUACGCAAUGGCCAACUGAACCUCCUGGUGGAUGGGGAAAUCAUCAACGUUUCAGUCGAACCAACCUUUGGAAAGGACGAAGAUGAUUUGAUCAUUCGUAUCAAGGGGUUCAAGGGUGGUAUGAUUCCUAAAGCAACUAAAGAAGCGCCACCACCGACAGCGUACUAUGGGCCCAUUCGAAGCUGGUUGUCUCGGUUUGACGGAUUCUGGUCAUUUUGGGAUUCUCCAACGGCUCUUUUUGGAACAGAUGGCCCAGGAUUCCUUUCUGAAAUUUCAAACGGUGAAGUCGUCAUUAGUGGUGCCACAUCCGCAAUCGUUCUUAGCUACGUCGUCGCGUAUUCCUAUUACCUUCAACAGAUUGAGGAAGAAGCCGCGGAAGCUGCUGCCAAGCAGGCAGCUAUCGCCGAAAAAGCAAAACAGAAGAAGGCAAAAGUUGUAAAAGCUGCAGCAGUUAAGGAGACGGCUAGCACGAAAGAAUCAAAACAAACGAAGGCUGACGUCUUAAAGUCAUUGGGAAAAGAUCAAGCAUCAGAAGAGGAAGAAUCAUCACCACCACCACCAACGUCAAAACCUAAAAAAAGCACGAGACGCCAUAGAUUUCGAUUUUGGAAGAAUAGGCAAACUGAAAGUCAAUAA